AUUUUUCAAUACCCAUUUACCAUUUUCCGCCACCCCUUUUGUUUUUCUAGGGUUUUACACAGAUUUUAUCAUCUGGGCAACUGGGUAAACAUUGUUGGUCGAUGCGGUAGAUUCGUGAUUCAUAAUUCAUCCGAUGGCCUCCAUGGGUGUUUUUAUCCCACCAUGACUGCUAUUCUAUUCUUUCACGCUUUGCAUGUUCCCAUGUUCCUCUGUUUUUUGGUUUCUUUCUCUCCCCUUGUGCAUUUUUUAUAUAUAUUGUGGAUUGUGGCUUAUCCGAACAAUAAAAAUCAUCUAGGCAUUGAGGAGUUUCUACCUGUUGCAAAAUCUGCGGUUGCGGUAUUCCUCAACCAACAUUCAGUAACAAAUCUCACUCAGGUUCACAACUUCCAUGCACAACUUCUACUCACGAAGACGAUGGAGAUCCUUCCGCCGAAGCUUAGCUGCUCGAGUUGGAGAUCUGGUCGUAGGCGGUGGAGUAGAGGUGUAAGAAGCAGCUUUGCUUCUCCUUUGUGGAUUAUGUUUGAGUCUCCUUUUCUAUAUGAGAACUCUGUUAUUAAAACCUCGCUUCUGCCACUAUUAAAGUGCGCAUACUUAUUUUUGAACCUUACUUAUGGUGUUGUAAACUAUUAUUAGAGUAUAUCGGGAAACAGGUUAUUUAAAUAAAGUUAUGAGAUGUUUCCAACCUUUUAGCUGAA